AAGUAAGUGAAAUUACACGUCACAACUCAUAACCUUUCCAUCCCCAAUACCAUUUCCCACCACCGUUUGACCAUUUCUAUAAAUACCAAUCCUCUGAGAAACAAAACCCCAAAAAAGCAGCACGAAAACCACUUCACUUUGAUAUGGAUCUCACUUUCAUCACUUCACUACUUAUAGCCUAUCUCAUAAUCCAUAUCCUCUUCAACUACAUCAAAUCCUCCAAAAAUAAGCCAUUCCCACCUGGACCAAAUCCAUGGCCAAUCUUAGGCAAUCUCCCACACUUGGGGACAAAACCACACCAUUCCUUGGCCUCCAUGGCCAAGAAAUAUGGCCCAUUAAUGCACCUCCGGCUGGGAUACGUCCACGUGGUGGUGGCCGCCUCCGCCUCCGCCGCCGCCCAGUUCUUGAAAUCCCACGACUCCAAUUUCUCCAGCCGGCCGCCCAACUCCGGCGCCAAACAUAUUGCUUAUAAUUACCAGGACCUUGUUUUUGCGCCCUAUGGGCCCCGCUGGAGAUUGCUCAGGAAAAUUUGUUCCGUGCAUCUUUUUUCCAAUAAGGCUUUGGAUGAUUUCCAGAAAGUCCGGCAGGAAGAGGCGGGACUUCUCACUCGUGCAUUAGCAAGUGCAGGACAAGCGCCGGUGAACCUCGGCCAGCUAUUAGGAGUGUGCACCACAAACUCGUUGGGGCGAAUGAUGCUCGGGCGGCGGGUCUUCGGCGACGGUACCGGCGGAGGAGAUCCAAAGGCGGACGAGUUUAAGUCGAUGGUGGUGGAGCUGAUGGUGUUGGCCGGCGUUUUCAACUUGGGGGACUUUAUUCCGGUUCUUGAUCGCCUUGACUUGCAGGGCGUUGCUUCUAAGAUGAAGAAACUCCACGCGCGGUUCGAUGCGUUCUUGAACACUAUCCUGGAAGAGCACAAGAUCAAUGGCCAACGUGUACAGGAGGGACACGUGGACUUCUUGAGUACGUUGAUUUCGCUCAAGGAUAAUGUUGAUGGAGAGGGAGGCACUCUUACAGAUACAGAAAUCAAAGCAUUGCUUUUGGAUUUAUUUACAGCAGGGACAGACACAUCAUCCAGCACCGUGGAAUGGGCCAUUGCAGAACUCAUUCGCAACCCCAAAUUGUUAGCCCAAGCACAAAAAGAACUUGACGAUGUUGUUGGGCUGGGCCGGCUAGUAUCGGAAGGCGAUCUUGCUCGAUUGCCAUUCCUUCAAGCCAUCAUCAAGGAGACUUUCAGGCUUCAUCCUUCCACCCCACUCUCUCUUCCAAGAAUGGCGGCCGAGAGCUGUGAAAUCAACGGAUACUUCAUUCCUAAAGGUUCAACUCUCCUCGUUAACGUAUGGGCCAUUGCUCGUGAUCCGGAAAUGUGGGCCGAUCCAUUGGAGUUCCGUCCAGAACGAUUCUUGCCUGGCGGUGAGAAGCCCAGUGUUGAUAUAAAGGGUAACGAUUUUGAGGUUAUACCUUUUGGUGCUGGGCGUAGGAUUUGUGCUGGAAUGAGUAUGGGCCUUAGAGUUGUCCAGUUUCUGACUGCUACUCUGAUCCAUGCAUUUGAUUGGGAUUUACCGGAUGGUCAAACUAGAGAGAAACUGGACAUGGAGGAAGCUUAUGGUCUCACUUUACAGCGGGCCUCACCCUUAUUGGUCCACCCUAGGCCUAGACUUUCACCCCAUGUGUAUGAAACGGCCCAGACCUGAGAACGCUUAUUUGGAAUAUUGCUAGCUGUUUUGUAUUUCAAUACGUAUGUUUUUUAGUGUUCCUUCUGUCCUACUAGAUCGGAAGGAAUCCAAUUAUGCAAUAUUCUGUCUGUGUCUCAUAAUUAUUGUCCGGUUUAAAAUUUUACCUUAAAUAUAAAUUGAAUUAAAAAUAAAAAUUUAAAUUGGACUAUAAUUUUAGAACGAAGGGAGUUUUUAGAUGAUGCUUCAUUCAGUUACGUCAGAAGAAGAGUUUUUGCCCUAUGAUAGAAAUGACAUGUCACGAAUGAUCAUAGCUAAAGCUCCAGUAAUUGAAACUUUAUAAAAAGG